CCGAAGAGAAGAGGGGAGUCGGGUGCAGGGACACAAAGGAGGCCGUCAGGAGAAUAACAUGAACACAAAGUGUGUUUAGGAGUUGGAUUAAUUUCUUUCAGUCGGCUGAGGAGAAUAGAUGCCCACCACUAAUCCCUGGCUAUCACCCAGAGAUGCCACAUGCAUCAAGGUCACCGACAAACUGUGCCGGGAUGCAGACGAAACUGAGCGCCUGGACUCCUCUGAACCACCCUCUGACUAACAGCAAGGUGUUUGAAGAGAGACGGACUCUGCUGAAAAAGUGGUUUGACAGGUGGUCUGACAGUCAGAGGAGAGCAGUGCUGCAGGACUUUGUACUGAGCUGUUCUCAGGAGCAGCUAAAGUUCCUGAGUCUCAGUGUGAGCAGACAGCUCCCCCUGCAGGCUGCAGACUUCACCUGCCAGCUGCCCAGAGCUCUCUGCCUCUACAUCUUCUCCUUCCUGGACCCCCGCAGCCUCUGUCGAUGUGCACAGGUGAGCUGGCACUGGAAGAGCAUCGUGGAGCUGGACCAGCUGUGGACGCCUAAGUGUCUGAGGCUCGGCUGGUGGAUCAAUUUCUCCCUCACGCCUCUCGAGCAGGGCGCGUGGAAGAGACACUACAUCCAGACCGUGCAGGAGCUGCGACUCACCCGGCUGCAGACUGCCCCAUCCCCACAGCAGUUUGUGAUUCCAGAUGCAACAGCGAAUAACAGCAGACAUGAAGAUCUGGCAGAAGCGGCCCUCCUCACAGAGGAGCGUCCAGUCUCCACUAUCCAGCGAGCUGGAAGCAGCCUCAGGUUUGGGUUGAUUAAAGAUAAGCAGCCGACUACACUUCCCCCAUGGAGAGAUUCUGACAGACGUCCCAAAGACACACUGCGCUUUAACUACCUGGACAACCUGGAGCCUGUGAAACAAGCCCUGAGAGGGCAAAUGAACAUCACAGCUACCACCUGCCGAGGUAACACAUCAGAGUCAGCUGACGGGAAUAGGAAAUCACUGUCUGAGGCCACUUACAAGCUCCGCAAAGCCAAAUCUCUGAUGUUCCUCAGUUCUGGCUGCAGACCCCAACAUCCUCCUUCUCAUCCUCCUUCUCAUUCUCCUUCUCAUCCUCCUCCACAUCCUCCUUCUCUUGCUCCUUCUCAUCCUCCUCCAUAUCCUCCUCCUCAUCCUCCUCCUACUCAACAAGCACCUUGCGGGAUCAACCACCCCAUCACCAAGGAGACUGCCAGGAGCCUGCUGAGCCUGGCCAUGUGGAAUGCUGGGGUCCGUCCGGGGCCGACGAGAUCGGCGGUGCCCCGGCUGAGCGUGGAAGCACUCAGGGCAUCCCAACGCUCACAUCGGAGCUCUCCCAGUGCACCACUGUUUGAAUACCCUUCGAGGAAUUGGCCUGCUUCACAUGCAAGAUGAAGAAAAGCAAAGCACAUCGCCCCCAUCAGGAAAACAUCAGAACUACGUUUUCAGGACACAAUCCAAUGCACACUGCGUGAGUUUCACAGGGGCAUUUUCUUUAGAUGGAUGGAGAAGAGACAUCUGUAGGGACAUUUACAUACAGUUUUUUGAGACUAAUGACAAGGUUUCAAUCUAUCUCUGAUAAAAAAGAAUGAACAAGA